AUGCAUGAUUUAAAAUCCCUUCAAUUAGACGAUGAAGAUUCAUCUAAAUAUUUUAUUAAUUAUAUAAGUGAUGAUUCAGAUGGUAUUGGAGAUAAUAACAAUAAUGAAAGUGAACAUGUUCAUUCACCAGAUGAUCAUGAUGAUAUUGAUAUAUCAUCAUUACCUAAUAGUGUUAUUAUAACUCCAGUACCUCAAGAAUUAUUUACUAAUCAAGAACUUAAGGAUGAAUUUGAACAAUUAUUUCGUGUUUAUGAUUCAAAUAUAAUUGUACUUUAUUUGAAAUUUUUUCGACGUGUACGUAUUACAUUUACAUCAUCACAUAAUGCUUUACAAGCUCGAUUACAUCUUCAUGAAUAUCCAUUUCAUGGUACAAUAUUUAAAACUUAUUUUGCAUGUCCGAUUGUAUUUCGUGGUGCAAAUCCUGAUACACAUUUACGACCACCAGAACCUGACAAACUUUUUCUUAUAUCACCACCAGCAAGUCCACCAGUUGGUUGGGAACAAAAACUUGAAGAUCCACCAGUUGUUGAUUUAAAUUUAAUUGCUGCUAUUGCACAAUUACAACCAAAUAAACCUCAUGAAUUAUUACCAAGUGAACUUGGUUCAAAAGCUCCAUCGAUUGUUAUUCAUACAUGUGAUGAUGAUGAAACAAAUACUACAAAUGGUCAAAAAAUUAAUAAACUAACACUUAUACAAACGAGACGACCACCACAAUCAGAUGAAUAA